AUGGUGACUCCACCCACAUUGUCUGACCAUGAACUCUGGUGUUGGAAAGGACAAUUCUUAUGCAAUAAAGCAAAUGGUUUGGUUCUUGAUAUCAGAAAAGGUCGCUUGAGAUUGAUUGAAGAUACAGAAAUUUGUUUGUAUACUCCAAAGCCAGUCGAAGAAGCACACAACCAACUUUGGUCAGUACGAGAAGAUGCAGUUGAUGCUUAUGGAAGACCAUUACCUGGAUCCUACAUUUACUCACUCUGUGGCAAUGAGUGGGUGUUAGAUGUUCAAACAACCGAAACUGGUGCUCAAAAACUCGUUUUAUUCCCUUUGCAGCCUAUUGACAAUGACAACCAACGCUGGUUGUUUGUUCCUGAAGGUCAAUUGGAUGUGAACAUACCCAUCGAAGAAACUUUAUCUUUAGCCAAGAAUACUUCUUACUUUAAUAAUGAUAUGAUAACUCCCCCUGGUUCUAUCUCUUCUUCACCUGGUAUUCCUGCUCCUGCUACUAUUGAAACUGAAUAUCCUAAGGGCCUUACUCCUGCUAAGCGUGGCUCUCAUUCUGCUAUCUUCUCACUAGAAACAUUCAAGGACUAUCAUAGCCGUGUUUAUGCUUCACAUGAACCUAAUGUCAGUGACAAAGGCAUCGCGAUGGCCUCUGCUUAUCACAUUUUUCAAAAUUGGAAAUUAGAUCAGAUCAGUAACGAUAUCAUGACUGGUUUUCCUUUAUCUUCAUCUUCUGAAGUACGUUCUCGUCUUCAAGAUUUGACUCAAAACGAGGUCUUCAAGUUACUGUCAGAUAAUGCACUUUAUUCCAACAACAACAAAGAAAAUGCUUCCACUCUUUCUAGUCGAUUGAUCACACAGCUAUAUGAUCAAACACCUAUAUCACCCUAA